UACCUCUGAAUAAAAAUUAAUCAGAGGCUUCGAGGAACGCCUGCCGCCGCCGACCUGGUCCGCUGCACUCAUCUACCGCGCGACGAGCGUGUCAACCCCCGUCGGAUCCCGUUCUCUCGUCCUUCGAUUCUUCUCGCAGGUGCACUUCUGCUCUUUCCCCACUUCUCCUUGUCCACAUCUCAAUCGGAAGACAAAGAUCUGUGUUUUUGCUUCAACUAAUGAUCUUCUCUCUCCAUGGCAACGCCAAAAUUGUAGAUGGAAAGGCAUAAUUCGGACGUGUCAUCUGCAAAUGCUGUGCUUCUAGGUGCAUUAGCUUCUGGUGUUAAUGGGCCAACAUGGUUUGUGGUCAAGGUUACCUUCUUGCUGCUUGGAUUAUGUCUUACAGCCAUGCUUGCUUUGGCAUUUUCAUCAAGUGAUUUCAUUAUCGUUGGCCAUGUUCUUUUGCUUGUUACUAUAGGAGUGGUUCUUUUUCUACUCAUCGACAGAUUUAUAGCAGAGACUGGUCUGGUGUCAGUUGAGCAGCAGAUGCACGAGAUGGGUGUUUCAGUCAACAAUGAACAAACUAAGAAAGACAAAAGAACAUAAUGUCAUUUUUGCUUUGCUUCCUUCUCCUUGGGCUUGAUCUUGGUGCUCUUCAUGAAGCAGAAACACGAGCAGCAUGGGCUCUGUACUAAGAACUUCAUGGUUGGCUUCUUGAUUCUCAGCUGAGCACUCUGAGGUGUGUAAAACCAAGUAGUCUUUAUGUCUUGCAGAUCUCUCCUAUUUAACCUGCAAUUGAUUCCUUUUCUGUCGUUUCUUAAAGAAGAUGUCUAUUACCCAGCUCUAGUGUAACUGUGCUUUCUUAAUUGACAACCAUGUGCUUUGGUAUUC